GAGCUAUAUCGCCAUCAGUCGCGGCAGAGUCACGCGCCCGCUCGCACACACACUAACGCAACUGGCAUACACACUUGCCACCACCACCCGCCCGCAAACUUUUGUCCGUCUCCCGUUUCUUCUCUACUCCUCCUCCGCCGCCGUCGUCGCGCCGUUUAUUUGAUUUUUAUUGUUAUUACGUCAUCUAUUAGAUAUCCUGACCAGAAAUUAAAAGUGGGCUGUGUCGAUAUAUUUUGAUUCAAUCAACUCGUCGCAUUUUGAUGACUUCAAAACGGUUCAGUGUCUAGUCUUUAGUGUGUGUGUGAUCUGGGAGGACCAAUUUCAAGACUUUGUGUUUGAUUUUCAAAUUGUCCCGCGCUUCGGACGAAAGAAAAAUUAUAAAAAGUUUGGUUGUUCUUUCUGAGUGAGUGAGUGUGUGUGUGUGUGUGUACAUUAAGUGUGUGAGUGAGUGUGUAAAGGCCUUUUUGAUUCAGAAAGAAGAUCGGGAUUGGCGAGAGAGCCCACCGAGUGACAUCAUCAUCCAAUUACACAACACACACCAUCACCAGCCGAAAACCCAUUGGAAAUCCCUCCCACCUCUUUUGUGUGUGUGUGUGUGUGUGUGCUGGAACCGGCCCCUACCGAAAGAAUAAUACAACAAAAAAAAAAAGAUUUUUUGAAUUGGAGGACACCUGCAUACCUUUUGGGCUGGAAACAACAACAAUUGUUUUGUGUUUAUUUUCCUCUCCGGGCUGAUUGUAUGUCCGUCUCUCCAUGGCCGGUGAUCCGUUGCCGUUGAUGAGCAAUGACGACGUGGUGCCGGCCGGACCGAGCAUCUUUUGCUUUGAAUCGUCGAGGAUCUUCAUCAACGGGAACGGCAGCAGCAGCAGCAGCAGCUCCAGUGGCUCCCAUCUCGCCCAGCGGUGGUUCUAGCAACAACAAGGCCGGCACUAAUAAGCGGAGCCAUCACCAUCGACAGCAGCAGCAUCAGCAUCAGCAUCACGUGCGUUACGGAAGCGAGUUGCCAUUCACAUUGGCGGAUCAGACGGCGCCUCUGUCGUCCCGCCACUCGAUCGCCGAUAUUCUCGGCUGGAAAAAUCCCUCAAGUGCUGCCACCGCCGUCGACGGCAACAUCUGCAAAAUCGAACAAGGUGAACACAACAACAACAACAACAACAACAAUCAGUUCCAGCAACUCGUGUUAGGUCGUCGUUACGACGAUACCGAAGGCGAAGAAGAAGAAGAGGAACCGGAAGAAGAAGAAGAGGAGGAAGCGGAAGUCAUGGCUUCCGACUGCGUCGACGUGGCCGACUUGACGGUGAACAUUAGUGACGAGCCGCUGGACUUGAGCCUGGACAAGAGCAAGUGCCGCCAACGUGAGCGGGAGCGCGAGGUCAGCGGGGCCACGCCCAUCAAGCGGGCCAAGGGGAUGAUGGCCGUCGACGCCAUGGGGGAGCCGGCCAGUGACGGAGGCACGGACGAGGGCGACCUGGACGGCGUCGGACAGUGGGGAAAUGUCCAGCCGCACCUGCAGAUGGCCGCCAAUUUCUCGACGGUGCUCCAGUACUAUUUGACGGCUGCCCGUCUGUGGCAGACCAGUGAAGUGAUCCGGUGUCAGGAAUCUCAGGCCAGGGCCGGCGGCGAGACGGACAGUGAGGCCAACGACGACGGACACGGGUCGGACACCAACACGGCGGCGGCGGCUGUCGUGGCGGCGGCCGUGGCAGCCGCUGCCGGCAACGAGUCGGCCGGAGUCAUGUUGCCCGUCCAGCAAGUGCAACAGCCAUCGAACAACAACAACAACAACAACAGCAGCGGCAGCAGCAACAAACGCCGGAAGAAUAAAGACGGGCAGCAUCAAAAUCACAUGGUCAUGGUCUCGGAUCUGGUCAAUUCCGGAGCGGCCGAUUCCGGCGGCAACGGCCAAUCUCGUCCGCGCAAAACGCGGACAACCUUUACGGGUAAACAACUUUUCGAGCUGGAACGGAUCUUCGAACAGAAGAAAUAUUUAUCGUCCAACGAACGCCAGGAAGUGGCCCGUCUGCUCAACGUCACCGGCUCACAGAUCAAAAUUUGGUUUCAAAAUCGCCGAACCAAAUGGAAGAAACAGGAUCCGAAUACGGCGGCCGAGCUUGCCCAGCUCAAAUCGGCCAGUCGCAGUUCUCAAGGAGGGGGGUCGUCGUCGUCGGCCGCCGUGCCCAAGGGCAAAAACGGAGAAGAUCUCCACCAGUCUGGAUCGACAAACGCCAACGACGACGUCGCCAGCGCCGGCGAUAACGAGGAGAUCAAUAGCGACGACGCCUCAUCUCCACCAGCGCCGCGAUCGCCUUCUCCCGUUUGAAUGGAAAAAAAAACAAACGAAAAA